ACCACCAAUCUGCCGUUUUAUUCACUCAUCCAUGUCGUAUUGCCCUACGUCUCCCCAAACCUUUCGUUUUAUUCGCACUCAUAAUAGGGUACGAAACUGAACCAGAGACUCAGGAGCUCGAUCAAUUUAGCCACACACGCACCAGCACAGCUAGCUAGCACUGAUAUCACCACCACCACUCCCAGUCUCUCCAUUUCCGUACACCCCGCGCGUGUCCGUCACUUCAGCUACAGCUAAUUCCCAGCUCAGCCCCCUCUCUCCCUCCCACAUAAAGCGCACACACACUCUUCCUCUCCUCGCCGAUGCUCAAACCCAAAAUGGACUUCUCCGGCCCAAAACCAAACGGCCCACAACUUAAAGACAAGCUCCUCGUCAUCAUGGGCGCCACCGGCGCCGGCAAGUCGCGGCUCUCCCUAGACCUCGCCGCCCGCUUCCCUCCGGCCACCUUCGAAGUCAUCAACGCCGACAAAAUGCAGGUCUACAAGGGGCUCGACAUCACCACCAACAAGCUCUCCGCUCCCGAACGGCGAGUCGUUCCGCACCAUCUUCUCGGCGAGUUCGACUCCCGCGACGGCGACGUCACCCCAGCCGAGUUUCGCCGACUCGCGGCUCAGGCGGUGUCUAGCGUCGUCUCCCGGAGGAAAGUACCUGUGCUUGUCGGCGGGUCCAACUCGUUCAUCCACGCGCUCGUAGUCGACCGGUUCGAACCGGACUGUGAUGUAUUUAACUGCGAGUCUGUAACGGUAGCGGUCUCGUCGGAGCUCAGGUACGACUGCUGCUUUCUCUGGGUCGACGUGUCGCUGCCGGUGUUGACGGCGUACUUGUCGCAGCGAGUAGAGGAAAUGCUCGACUCGGGGAUGUUCCACGAGCUGGCCGAGUUCUACGGGGAAAACUCGGCGGGUCGAACCGGUCUGAGAAAGGCGAUCGGAGUGGCGGAGUUCAGCCGGUACUUUAAGGAGUACUCGCCGCCACCGGCGGCGGAGGAUGAAGAUCCGGUGCGGCGGGGAGCAUAUGAUGAGGCGGUGGGAGAGAUUAAAAAGAACACGUGUCGGCUGGCGAAGAGGCAGAUGGGAAAGAUUGCGAGGUUGAGGAAGGCGGGGUGGGAUCUACGGAGGCUGGACGCGACGGAGGCGUUUAGGGCGGCGGUGACGUCAGAUGACGAGGAAGAGGGGAAGAGGUGGUCGGAGAUUUGGGAGAGAGAGGUGGUUGAGCCAAGCGUGAAGAUUGUGACGCAUUUCUUGGUGGAGGAGGAGUAGGUCUUCCAGCGUUUUCCAGACUCUUCUUUUUUUCUUUUUUCUUUUUUGUAAUUUUGAAUUUUUGUGUUUUGUUUUUUUUUUUUUGAUGACUAAUUUUUGUGUUUUGUUUUCUAAUUGGGGUUGGAAAAUUUUGGGAGAAGGGGUCGAGGUUUGUCAACGAAGGAAGACCAAGGACGGGUCAAGUUGAAAUUGGGAGGGGGGAGAUUUCAAAUUUUGGGUUUGGGAGGGAAAUUCCCCAAGGUACUCAAGAGAUAAUGUAAAAGAAAGUUACCGUUGUAAAAUUAACUUCAUUGGUUCCUCAUGUUGAUACUAGAUAGAGCUGAGUAAAACUUUAAAGUGUAGAUAUUGA